AUGUCGGAUUUCGAAGACGAGGAGGGAGUCGAUGAACCAGUAUUAGAUGACGAAAACGAGGAGGAAGGAACCGAAGAGGAGGAGGUAGUUCUGUCGCAAAACAUUUCCUCCUAUUUCCUUUGUUUGCUCUACUUCCAACUUGCCAAAAUGUCAGUGGGUCAAGACAACUUAUUUACACCGGUCGAACUGGAAAGUAUUUUCAAACCCUCUUACAUUUUGGCGCGCUCUUGAUCGGCUUUUCUUGUGACUUCAGAAACCUCCAGAGAAUCCCCUCACUGAGGAAAUGUUAGCCGACAGCCUUUCUUUGAUGUGCAAAACUGGAGACGGAUUGGCACAUGCAUAUGUAAGACUUGACGUCCACGAAAAGUAAGUCCUAUUGGAGGUAUAUAGUCCUAUCACCGAGAUCUGAUCAACAAUUCUCCCUCCCAGUUACGAUACAUUCCUUUUAAACUAGCAAAGAGAAUUUAUUUUUACAUGACAAAAACCCGUACUAUUGUAUCAUCAUUGCAAGGAGAAAUUAUAUGUUCAUUCGCCUCUGAAAGUUGAGGUGUUUUGAACUAUAAUUGCUUUCAAGUUUAUUUUAACUGGCAGGCUAGACCGGUCCCCUAAGAGAAAUAACUCUGUUGUUUAUAAGAAAUGUCCGCUCAGAUUUAUAAAUUAAAGAGAACCAUCACCAAAGCUAAUUAUGGGGUUUUUUAGUUGAUUCCUCUGACUUACCAAUUGAAAAUAAUUUAUAGAAUCCUCAGUGGCCGACAAAAUUCAAACACCAAAAUAUUAGGGAAGAGUUUAAUUGUUUUGUCAAAGGUGUGGAGCAAAGAAAAAAUACCAUGCAAGGAAUUCAGUUGACCUCCACAUUUCUCAGCUGGCUGAUGCUUUAAUUGCCAGGCUACAGUGAACACAAUGGUGAGCUUAGUCCUAUACUUAGCAGGUUCACACAUUACAAGUGUUCUGUAUACUUCAGGGAAAUUCAGCAUUGUCAAAAGGAUAGUGCAUUUGACAUUUGACAAUCUUAUGUAUGGUACUUCCUUUCGUAUUUGCAAAAAUAUAUAUUGUAAAAGAGGUUAUUGCUCAUCAUGAUGGUAAGGAAUAAUAAACCGUCUAAUUGUUUGUCUCACCAUGUGGUCACUUGAGAUGUAGAUUACAACAAUUAGACUGCUUACUACUAGUCUUCGUUAGGUGAUGGUGUUGACUGCCACCUGUUACUAUUUGUAUCACGGCAAUCUAAUGCAAUUGGCGAAUUUCUUGUUUUUGUAACCUUCUGUACAAAGGAGGAAGGAUAACCCUUACAAAAAAGAACAGAUGACAAAUGUCUCUUUUCCUCUGAGAUGAUUGAUGGUUUUGUCAUGAGACACUUUGCCUGGUCAUAUGAACAUGUGACAAUACCAGGCUUUACUGAUUGAGGGUAGUAUGAAUCAUACGCUACUGGUAAGUACUGAUCAGUGUGAGUUGGUUUUCUGUAUAGACACUGGUGUUCAGGCAUCUGUCUGGUUCCGUCAUAACUGGCAUAUCAAGAAAGGCAAUCUUGUUGCCUUUCCCAAUUUCCAAGGUGAAUUGGAUGUUAGGUUGAUAACUAUUGAGAUGCUGUAAGAAACAGUUGAUAUAAUUGCAAUCUUGGAUGGUGAAGGUGUUAUCAACGUAGUGCUUCCAGGUCUUGGGUUUCUGAGCUGUAGAUUCUAUUGCUUGUUCUUCAAAUACCUCCAUAACUGCAGAAACUGUGCUCCCCAUGGCUACACCCUCCAUUUGUACGUAGAAAGGCUAGUCUUCAUCAUUGCCUGAUGAAGACUAACAGUAAGCAGUUGAAACACUGGGACCUUCAUCUUAAGUGACUACAUUGUGAGACAAACAAUUAAACAGUUUAUUAUUAAUUACAGUUGAUACAUUGGACCUAAUGUUUACUUUCCAACAGGGAGCUGACAGAUAUUAGUAUACUCAACUGCUUUAUUCAUUUGAGAUAUGUGGUAAGCAGUAGUUAUUCUCAUAAGUUCUUCAUUCUUUGAAAUUUGUACCAGCAGUUUUUAGAGAAAACUGUAAGGCUUGGGGCUUGCAUUGAAAGGAAUGUCUUUGCUGAAUCUCUUACAGGAUGUCAGUGGAAAUCAGUUGAUGGAUAUUUCUUCACUUAACUCAUUAACUCACCUACUUACACUGAAGGCAGACAGGAAUGCCUUGCACUCAGCCAAACUUGAUGAGGUUGGUACUGUGUUAGAAUUAUGAUGAUUUAUGCAGUUAUAUUAUGUCAAUGAUUCUGAUUGGUUAAUAUUUACUUACAUUCAUUUCUGUUUAUACGUCUUUUGCUUUGGUUUCUUCGCUAUGUAAUUUACAUUGUUCAGUUUCUAUUAAUAAAUCACCAAAAAUAGAUACUUCAAUGACUUCCUUGUAACAUAAUGAAGAUAGUAAAUGGAAAAUGUCACAAUUUGUGGGUUUCCAUUUAGAUGACUCAAAAGCAUUUGAUAUGUGUAAACUGUAUAAUUAUUGUGUUUAUCUUUUGACAGUUACCAUAUCUACAAAUUGCAAGUUUUGCCAACAAUAAAAUUAUGGAUACAGAGGGUAUCAAUCAUCCCUUGUUAGAACAAUUAAACUUAUCAUGUAAGUAUUUGUACAAUCUUGGGAGAAUUUUGGUACACAAACAAUGUACAACACCCAUUCUGACUAUAAAUUAAUGAGUGCAGAUGUAAGUCAUUAUUCCAGUUGUCUAUUCAACAAAAUGUGGUAAGAACAUCAGUUUCACAGUCGCUGCAUCUAGUGUGGCACUUUGUUGUUCUUAACACAUUUUGAUAUCAUCUGUGAUCUGAACAGUAUCGAAUCUGUUUGUUUUUCAUGAUGAAAAAACAAAUGUUGUUAAUGAAUAAAUUGGGAAGCAUAUUAGUAAGUAUUCGCUUUGUUACUCACUUAAUAAUACACAUGUUUGCAUGCCUUCAUGUAAGUGACAUUGUCCUUCCUUCCUGAUUCAUCAACAACUCAAAUCAAGCAAAUCUGCUACUGUUCGUUGUUCAGUAAAUUCAUUCAGCAUAACAUUGUGUUAUUCAGCGUAUAAUUCUAAAAUCCUAUAUUUCAUUAAUUAUCGUUUGAUUAAACAGCCUUGUGCUUCAAAUAUAUUGUUUGAAAAUGAAAUUUAUACCUGGGAAUUGAUAAUUCAAACAUGCUUGUAAACAUACAUAUAUCUCUACCUUAACCCUGACUGCAGCCCCAAAGAAUGACUAACAACUAAUUUAUUCCAAUAUCAUCAUCCCUGAGUUUAGAAAUUAAGUCACAAGAAAGAAAAUGUACACCAACUAAGGAAGUUCUUGAUUGUUAAGUAAAUUCUCCCUGACAGCACUUCAGGAAAUGUUUAGUCAUGGAUAUAUGGAGACUAUAUGCAUAUACUGAUGUUUGGGUGCAAAGGGUUAAGGUGACUUUUGCUUCCCUUUUUAUCAAGUUUUCUUCAUGAAAACUUUUCUUUGAACUUCAAAUGAUCCAGAAAUAAACCAUUUUACAGUCAGAAUAGCAUUUUUAAGUGAGAGGAUCGGAACAUUUUAAAUUUUAGGCAAUUGGAAUUUAGUUGGACUCAUUAACUGUCAUAUUCUUUUGAAUCUGAACCAGUCAAUGAGAUAGUAGAAGUAACAGGCUUUGAUCCAGUCAAGUUGGACAGACUAAGGGUAAUGGAACUACGAGGAAAUAAACUCAUGACCACUGUGGGACUUUCUAGUCUUCCUAACCUAAAGGAGUUAUACUUGGUAAGAUUUUACAUACUGCUUGUAUUUUUUGUUAAAUGAUGACUUUAAUAAAGCUGUGUUGUCAUGCUUACUAGAAUGAAAGAAGCAGUACUUUCAUUACUGUUUAUGUACCAUGAAGUUAGAUCCUACAUCUUGAAAAUACAUUCAAAAUUUGUUAAAUCUCUCAUUUGCAAUUUAAUUGUGUUAACAGUCUUGGUCCCCAGCUAUCCUCAUUCAUUCUAAGCCUAUUAUUUCCCCUUAUCUUUUCUUCCUUAGUGAACUAACUAUUUUUAACUUCAAGUUAUUUUAGUUAACCAUGUCAAAGUCACUCAAAAUAUGGUACUGCCUGGUGUCUUUAACAGGCAUUUAGAUUUCAUCCAUCCCACGGUAAUUUUCUUCUCCAUUUUUAAUAAAUUUUAUUAUUGUUAUUAUUAUUGUUAAACUUAUUAUUAUUAGUAUCAUUAUUUCAAUUAUUAUUUGUUGUUUUAUAUAUCAUUAUUAUUUUAGUAAAUCAAUAUUAUUUUGUAAAUCAAUGAUGUCAUCAUUGACUAAGCUUCAUUAUUCUUAGGCUGCAAACACCAUAAGAACUCUUGAGGGGCUGGACAGGUUGGAACAUCUUGCAAGUUUACAUCUGCGUGACAACCAGAUUGAGAAGUUGGAUGGUUUUUCAGAAAACAUGAAAAACCUUCAGUACCUUAACUUGAGGUACAUGUAACAAUCCAAAGCUUCCUUAAAUAUUUUCUUCACUUUUCAGGCCAUUUUAUUGAUACAGAAGGAAAUAUCCUUUCAUAGAAAAUAGAUCAUGUGUGACACAGUAUGGGAUACUUUUAUAUUUUCUCUUAUGGCAGUAUGCACAAUACAACAGUAUAUAUACGAGUACUAGUGACCAAAAGGUGUAAAUACAACUUAGGAUUUUUGAUGUAAAACAUGACAGAGAAGGAAGUAAGGUAGAUUGGAGAAUUUUUCAAGUUCAUAUAUAGCAUUGGCACUGAUGCAUGGGCUAGUUUUUCUUCUACAUGUAAGCAUUAGUAGUUUCAAUUGAAUCCUUUUUAAACUGAGGACACAAACUGUUCUAAACUUCACUGUUGAGAGUAUAUGGAAAGAUCAAACAAAAUACGAUGUUUUUCUCUUCAUCAGGGGUAAUAAUGUCACUGACAUGAAGGAAAUUGCCAAACUCAAAUGUUUACCACUGUUGAGGGCAUUACUUUUAAUGGGUAAGUAAACCAAAAAUUGUCAUCACUAAUGAUACACAUUAAUUUAGACCUGAAGUGUUAUCUUUCUUAAAUGUAAAAAUGGAAUUUCAUUCAAUUGAACUGUAUUUGUGUGUCAAUACUUUGAACUCUUAAACUAUCCUAAACUGGUCAAAAUUUUGCUCUUAGUUCAUUACCAAAUAACCACUGCCAUCUUUUUGUGACUGAACUUCAUGUAAGUCAAUGCAUUAGUUUCAAUAAUGACACUGAUAAAUGAAGUGCCGCUGCAGAGAUAUUGCCUCCUUCUUCCGCUGCUACCUCAACUGCAUCGUCCCUUUAAUACUUUUGAAAAGGAGAUUUAACAACAUAAGAAGAACCCUUUAAAAUUUACCUUGCACCCACCAUUUAGCUUCAUUGCUUGUUUGGUAGUAGCACCUUACUAGCGUAUGAAAGGCACAGGUUCAACUCCUGUUGCAGCCUUACUUUAUUUAAGCUCCUUUUCUACAAUUGCUUAGCAUCUAUAAGGAUCAUUUCUCUGCUUAAACAUAAAAACUGUUUUCUAUAUUUUACUUUUAUGUCUUCAAACACAAUAAUAUUAAUAUUUUCCUCUUUCCUGUGAAAUGCCUUAUUAUAGGAAAUUAACAAUGCACUUUAUUAAUGCUAAAAAUGACUGGAAAUGCUGCUGUUUUUUUCCUCUAAAUAUGCAUUUUGAGAUGUUUGUAUUGCAGCAAAUUCAGGUAAAAAAAGUAACAUGCACAUCGUUUUAAAAAAAUUUGCAUUAAUUUGAUGCAUGUAAUCCUAACUUUUUGAAAAUCCAUUAAUUCUGUGUAACUUGGGUUUUCUUCACCUUGUUAACAUGCAUCAUUAACUUCCUAUAAUAAGGUUGAUAUAUAUCUGACAUAUGUCACCAAAUAAUAUUUGUUAAGAAUAUACAUGAUUGUAUUUGUAUCCCUGUAGAAUGCCCGGUGUCAGAUGAGGAUGAUUAUCGCAUAGAAGUGCUGAUCAGUCUACGGAGACUGGAAAGGCUGGACAAAGAUGAGUACACAGAUGAUGAGAGACAAGAGGCAGAAGAGGUUAGUAACUCUCACCCUUAUUUAUUCAUCAUAUCACUGGGGCUACAUGAAAAUAAAAUUCUAUCUUAGCUUUAUAAUGACUGUUUUCUAUUAAUAGAAACCAACACUGAACAUACACUAAUGUACACAAUAUGGAGUACAAUUUUUAGUAUUAGCCCUUGCAAAGAUUUAUCACUUUAUCAUAUUUAUUUACAAAUUCACAGAUUUAUGAACAAAGAAGACAAGAAGAAGCAUUAGCAGUAAGUGCUGAAAUAAAAGAGUAGUUUGAAUUUUUUUUAUCUAACAAGUUCUACCAUGAAUCUCAGACAAUUUAAAUUAUUUGACCAAACAAUGUUAUGGUUGUGUUAAUGUCUCAGUUAUUCAUGGUGAACUGUCCUUCUUUAUAGGCUGGGACCCAAGAAGUUAUACACACAGAUGAUGAUGACUAACAGAAUAGUAAUAAGACUGUUGUGUAAUUAAUACACUUUUUAGGAACCAGUGACCAAGUACAUUAAGUGUGAAUUUGUGAUUUGUUUUGUGGUAUUGCAAUCUAACUAGUCUCAGACACAUUGUAAAUAAAAAUCUGCAAGAUGACUUGGUGUAAAAAGAUUGCAAUUCCAUAUUAUUUAUUUAAUAACUUUCAGAAAGGGAUUAUUGUUGCUUUGACUUUUUCCCUUCCGAGACUCAUUUAUAUUAAGUAUCAUUUUCUUCUAAUGUUAGAGAUAUGACAUCAUUGCAAAUUCAGCUAAUACAGCUGUUGUACUGUCUGCUCAUUAAGUUCUUACCAUAAUUUACAAAGAUAGUAUUGUAAAUAAUUUUUUAAGAAAUUUGUUAUGAUUUUGAUCUCUCUGUCCAUAUACUUCAGAG